AUGGCAAGCGCGGCCCACUGCUUCUAUUGCUUCGAAUGCCUCGACGCCAGUCUUCGGAGACGAGACCCUCCCAAGCUUGAGCCGUACCUGGACCUCCACGAACGAUACUUGGCCAAGGAUGCUUCUGUGGAGCAGACCGAAAGUGCCUUGGAUGGCGCGGACGAUGUAGAGGAGCAGAGCGAAACUAUUCAAGACGACGAGAGUACGGAUGGCUCGAGACGGCCACUUGCAGAUACAUCGUCUGACCGAGCGAGAGCGCGGCCGCAAAAUCCAAGCAUUUCUCGAUUACAGGCUUCAGCCUCCUCCUCCCGCAGUUCUUCCGCCUCCUCUCCCUCAACGCUGUCUGUCAGCUCUUCUGCGUCACAGCUGACUAACUCGACCGGAAUCACAACCCCAAGUGCUCAGCCUUCCUACGCCUCACGACUCUCCGUGGAGGACUCCUUCCCACUGUUCGUUACAUGGAACACGCUGUCUCGAUCAGGACACAAAUCUUUACGGGGCUGUAUUGGCACAUUUGAGCCACUACCACUCGCGUCUGGCUUGCAGUCCUACUCUCUUACCUCAGCUUUCGACGACACUCGCUUCUCACCUAUCCCAGCGUCAUUGGUACCAUCACUCUCGUGCUCACUUACGCUCUUGGCCGAUUUUGAAACCUGCCUCGACGCAACAGACUGGGACCUUGGUACACAUGGCAUUCGCAUAAGUUUCACCCACCGAAAUAGACGGCACGGUGCCACCUACUUGCCUGACGUGGCUGUGGAACAGGGUUGGACGAAGGAAGAGACGAUCGAGAGUCUGAUGAAGAAGGCUGGGUGGGAUGGAGGCUAUAGUCGAGGAGUCGCUCGACGCCUGCUACGAGGAGCGUCCCGAGAAGACGAAUCACCGCAUUCGAAGCCGUGGGAGGAGGUUAGUGAUUUCAAGACGGUGAGGUAUACUGGUUUGAAAGCCAGUGCAUCGUACGCGGAGUGGCAGGAGUUCAGAUCAUGGGUGGAGGAACAGGGCGAGACCAUCAAGUAG